AUGAAUAUCAAACGAUACAAUCAAGAUUCGAUCGCUAUGAGUUUUGUUUCCGUAAAUGAAAUGGUUUCAUCUAAUGAUUUAAAUCAGUUGGAACCAACAUUUAUGUACACUCAAAUAUUCAAGGAUAUUCUUCUUGAUAUGGAACAUGGUGAACAAGCCAUUACAGAAUUUACUUCAUAUUGCCGACAAAAUAAAUCCGGAUCGGCAAUCAAUAUCGAUCGAUUUGAAAAAGCAUAUCAUGCUCAAUCAGCUAUUUGGUGGUAUACUUACCCAUCAUUUAUCUAUUCUAUGUUGAACUAUGCUCUUCGCUCUAUGGAAGGGGAUACUAUAAUUAAUAUGGGCUUUUUCAUUCAUGAUCUUCAUCAACAAAUACAACAGCUACACCAACAGCAGGUUAAUAGCUAUCAUGACAAACCAUUCAUAGUUUACCGGGGACAAGGUCUAUCCAAAGCAAAUUUCGAGAAACUCAAAAAUACAGAAGGUGGUUUAAUGUCUUUCAAUAACUUUUUAUCCACUAGUAUCGAACAAGACAUAGCUUUCGGAUUUGCUAAUAGUGCGUCAGAAAACGCGGACAUGGUUGGUAUUUUAUUUAUAAUGUCCAUUGAUCCUUGCAUAAAAUCAGCACCAUUCGCUUCUAUCAAAGACAAGAGUUAUUUUAAAGAUGAAGAAGAAAUUCUCUUCUCAAUGCACACCGUCUUUCGAGUGGGUGCAAUUAAAGUGAUGGACAUUAACAAUGAACUUUAUCAAGUUGAACUACAAUUAACGUCGGAUGAUGAUCAACAACUGCGAUUGCUUACUGACCGGAUACGAGGAGAAGUUGGUGGUACUGGAUGGCAGAGAUUGGGUGACUUAUUGCUUAAAAUUGGACAAUUUAAUAAAGCUGAAGAAUUUUAUCAUGUAUUAAUCGAACAGACAUAUCAUGAGGAUGAAAAGCAAUAUUAUUAUAAUCGGCUGGGAUAUGUCAAAGAUGAACGGGGUGAUUAUGAAAAGGCUAUUUGGUAUCACCAACAAGGAGUUAAAAUCUAUCAAAAAACUCGUCCAUUAAAUCAUUCUUUAUUAGCUACUUCCUACAGCAACAUCGGUAGUGUGUAUGACAAAAUGGAAGAGUACUCGAAAGCGCUUUCAUAUUAUGAAAUAGCACUUGAAAUUUGGCAAAAAUUUCUUCCUUCAAAUCAUUCUGAUGUGGCUACUUCAUACAACAACAUUGGUAAUGUAUAUAACCACAUGGGAGAGCACUCGAAAGCGCUUUUAUAUUACGAAAAAGCACUUGAAAUUUGGCAAAAACUUCUUCCUUCAAAUCAUCCUUCGUUAGCUGCUUCAUACAACAACAUUGGUACUGUGUAUAACACGAUGGGACAGUACUCAAAAGUACUUGCAUUUUACGAAAAAUCACUUGAAAUUUAUCGAAAAACUCUGCCCUCAAAUCAUCCUCAUUUCGCUACUUUAUACGGCAACAUCGGUAAUGUGUAUGAGAACAUGGGAGAGUAUCCGAAAACAAUUUCAUUUUACGAAAAAUCACUCGAAAUCUAUCGAACAACUCUUUCUCCAAAUGAUCCUCAUUUGGCUACUUUAUACGACAACAUCAGUAAUGUGUACGGGAAUAUGGGAGAGUACUCGAAAUCACUUUCAUUUUACGAAAAAGCAAUUGAGAUUUGGCAGAAAACUCUUCCUUCAAAUGAUCCUGACUUGGCUACUUUAUACGACAACAUCAGUAAUGCGUAUGAUAGCAUGGGAGAGUACUCAAAAGCACUUUCAUUUUACGAAAAAGCAAUCGAGAUUUGGCAGAAAACUCUUCAUUCAGAUGAUCCUCAUUUGGCUACUUUAUACGACAAUAUCAGUAAUGUAUAUGAGAACAUGGGAGAGUGCCCGAAAGCACUUUCAUUUUACAAAAAAGCAGCUGAGAUUUGGCAAAAAACUCUUCCUUCAAAUGAUCCUCAUUUGGCUACUUCAUACAACAACAUCGCUUUCGUGUAUGACAAGAUGGGAGAAUACCGGAAAGCACUAUCAUUUUACGAAAGGGCGCUUGAAAUUCGACAAAUAACCCUUCCUUCAGAUCAUCCUGAUUUGGCUACUUUAUACGGCAACAUCGGUAAUGUGUAUGAGAACAUGGGAGAGUACCCGAAAACAGUUUCAUUUUACGAACGAGCGCUUGAAAUUCUAAACAAAAACCUUCCAUCAAAUGAUCCUUAUUUGGCUGCUUCAUACAACAAUAUCGGUAAUGUGUAUGACAACAUGGGAGAGUACUCGAAAGCAGUUUCAUUUUACGGAAAAGACCUUGAAAUCUGUGAAAAAACUCUUCCUUCAAAUCAUCCGUGUUUGGCUACUUCAUACAAUAAUCUCGGUUUGAUGUAUAAAAAGAUGGCAGAGUACUCGAAAGCACUUCCAUUUUACCAAAAAAACCUUGAAAUUUGUCAAAAAAGCCUUCCAUCAAAUCAUCCUCGUUUGGCUACUUCAUACAACAACAUCGGUAAUGUGUAUAACAACAUGACAGAGUGCUCGAAAGCACUUUCAUUUUACGAAAAGGCACUUGAAAUCGAUAAAAAAACUCUUCCUUCAAAUCAUCGUAAUUUGGCUAAUUCAUACAACAACAUCGGUACUGCAUAUAACACGAUAGGAGAGUACUUAAAAGCGCUUUUAUCUCACGAAAAAGCGCUUGAAAUCUAUCAAAAAACUCUUUGCUCAAAUCAUCCUCAUUUGGCUACUUCAUACAAUAACAUCGGUAAUGUGUAUAGCCAUAUGAAAGAGUACUCGAAGGCACUUUCAUUUUACGAAAAAGCACUUCAAAUCUGCAAAAAAAUUCUUCCAUCAAAUCAUCUUCAUCUGGCUAAUACAUACAAUAACAUUGGUAAUGUGUAUAACAAUAUGACAGAGUACUCGAAGGCACUUUCGUUUUACGAAAAAGCUGUUGAAAUCGAUCAUAAAACUCUUCCUUCAAAUCAUCCUUUAUUGGCUACUUCAUUCAAUAACAUCGGUUUUGCCUAUUACAAUAUGAGAAGCUACUGGGAAGCACUGUUAUAUUUUGAAUGUGCUCUGGACAUAUGGCAACGUGCAUUACCUCCAACUCAUUCUCAUAUAAAAAUGGUGAAACAGAAUAUUGAAAUUAUAAAAAACAAAUUAUACAAAAAGCUUAAUAAAUAA